UCUCCACUCAGCGUCAGUCGUGAGCUCAGUUACCACAGAAACGGGGACGAGCCUGAGUCAAGGGGCCGGUCGCGAAGUUUGAGUACAACCAAUCAGAAUAGAGAGGCUCGAAUCUUUUCUGUGGGCGUGGUCGUGCCGUAAGCGCUCGUCACUUAUUGGUCGGCGUUGUGCCGCGAUUGGCUGCUCCGUCUUGCGGAUGAGGCGGGCUCGGCGGCGCCAUGUUGAAUGCCGUAAGUGACAGUUAGUGAGAAAACUUAGAAUAACUAUGGAAGGGACAGCGGAGGAAGUGCGCAGGAAGAAGGUACAGGCUGGCCGGGCUAAGCUUGCUCAUUUCAGACAGCGCAAAACAAAAGGGGAAAGCUCAAAGGCACAGAAAAAGACGCAGAAGAGGAAGGGUGAGACUGUACACACGAAUGAGGUGCCGCCGGAGGAGGGCCCGCUAGACAAAACUGAGGAUGUAGAAGACCUGACACCUGGUGCUGGACAGAGCCCCACAGAGAUAAGCCUGGAGUGCAGCUCACUGGAUGCUUCAGAGUGUCAGGACAGAAGGUCCGAUGUAGAAGACAGACUUGACCUAAAACAGGAUGACAUUGAGUCUUGUUCUGAGGAUACCUUUCACACACCACUGGAAGUUCCGUCAUCAUUGGAGCUCCAAGAGCAAGCGCUACUAAGUGGAGAGGAGAUGGAAGAGGAGCCGCUGUGCCUGGCCACUCAGAUGCAUGGAAUUCCGAGCCAGCAGCAGGAUGCUAGCUCAGUUCUUAAAAGCAAAAGUUUGGGGUUAUCAGAGCAGUUUCAAGCCCAACAACAGUUUGCUGCAAUCCAGAGCAGCACCGUGGACCAGACGAUGCGCAUGAGCGAACUAGACAAGCAUGCGCAACAAUUAGAGCGAGAGCUGGAAACUUCUAAGAAGACCACUAAAGAAAAAGAGAAUCAAAUGGCAAAGCUUGAAAACUUGAUGCAGGAGCAACACGAGAGACUUGAAAUCUUGCAAAAUAAGCUGGAGAAGUCUGAAAACUGUGUGUCCCACCUGCAGCAAGAACUUAGAAAUCAGAAAGAUAUAAACCUUAAACAUAAAAUGUCAGUGUCCAUUCAGACAGAGUCUAUGUCUUCCAGUUCUGUGGAUGAAAAAUGUGAUACAGAACCAAGGCCCGAUAUUAAUGAGAAGGACAGUGUUCAGUCUCUCACUGCCUUGGUUAUAGACUUGAAAGAAAAACUUGCAGAAUCUGAGACCCUCCGAGAGAGUUUACGUACUAGGAUGGAAGAACAGAUGCAGGCGUUUAAUACUGAAAGAUCCUCCUGGGAACAGAGACACAACGAUAUAGUUGCAAAUCUCACUCUUAGAUUACAGCAAGCAGAGGAGAUGGUAGCUCAGGACAAGCAUGAAAAAGAUCGUUUGAACCAAGAACUUUGUGAUCUUAAAGACUGUUUGAAGUUGGAAACUGAUAGCAGUGUAGCACUGAAACUACAGCAUGACUUGGACUUACAAACGUUUAUUCUGAAACUGCGGAGCCUGGAGGAAGAUAAGGCAGCACUGAAUCAGAGGCUGUCCAAUCUUCAGAAAGGGGAUCCUGAUGAGACAGAGCUGCUACAGAAUGCUUUGAAAGCUGACAACUUCAGACACGAGUUGGAAGAUCUUAAAAAGACUCUAAACAGGGUCAAAGCACAGAAGGAUCAGGAAAACUCAAAAGAAGUCCAGCUUAACAGAGUGGAAGACUAUGAACUAAGCUCUGCAACUUUGGCCUUGACUUCUAUGGAUAAGUACUUGAUACACAGCCAAUCCCAUCAGCUGUUAGAGCUGUCCGAUUAUUCUACUGAGCACAGCAGACUUGAAUUAGAUAGUGACUUUAUACUGGAACAGAGUUUAAACUCCACAGUUGAGAGAAACAUUCAUCUCCUCUCUUCUCCUAUGCCCAUUACUGGUGUUUUAGCAGGUGGCGCUUCUCUAGGGACACUUUUGGAUCCUGAAUCGUUUGCGGUCUAUCUGUCCAACAAUGCUGAUUCUACUGAUGAGACAGUUGAGCAGAGUCCUGUGUUUAGUGAAAACCUAGUUGAGAGAUGCACAUUUCUCAUGGGACAGCUUCAGGACAAAGAGCAGGAGUUACAGAAGUGCUCUGAUGCCCUUGAUGAAGCUAUACAGAAAUGGAGAGAUGUCACAGCCGAACUCACGGUUACACAAUUAGAGCUGGAGAAAGAAAAGACUAUCCAGAAAGGAUAUUGGGAAGAAGAGAAGAGACCAUUGGAAAACCUGGAAAAUGAGAGAGACGAUUUAAGAAUACAGCUAAAUGAGAUACAGGGACAGAAAUCAUCUACAGAGGAACAGUUAAGACUUUUUGUAAAAGAGAAGACAACCCUAGAAAGUAGACUGUGUCUUGUGGAGGGUGAGUUGGAAAAGGCCCUUGAGUUGAAUAAAAAUCUUGAGAGCAACAAUCUCCACCUUAGCCACAGUUUGCAAGACUCAGAAAAGGCACGAGAGCGCGAAUGUCAAGAAUUUGAUAAUAAACUGAAUGCCAAAGGCCAAGAGCAACAGCUCCUCCAAGAGACCAUUCAGAGAAAUGAAGCUGAAUUCACAUAUAGAGAAGGGAUCUUGCGUGAGGAAAUGUGUUUACUGAAGCAGGUGAAGGAAGAUCUAGAAAGCAGGUUGCAGAAAGAGGUUUAUUGUCUAAAUGCAGAAUGUCAAACAUGCAUAGAUAUUUCUGGAGAAAGAUCAGAAGAGAAGAUUAAACUAUUAAACCAGGAGCAUGAAGCUGAAAUGAACCUGCUAAAGGACAGUCAUGACAAGGAGAUACAGAAGAUUUAUUCAGAUCUCAACACGGAGAAGCAGAAACUCCUGGAUGAGCUUCAGCAGCAGCUAGAGAGAACUCAUCAUUCAGAGAUGGAGCAUACCCUGCAGCAGGUGAAGGCUGCUCAUAAUAUGGAAAUGGAAGCUCUGCGUCUCUGCCUUAACAACAUGCACACCGCACACCUAGAACUCAGUCAAUCAAACCUGCAGAAGGAGAAAGACAAUGCCCUGGUGCAGCUGCGUGAAACGUUGAAUGACAAACGGGCACAGGAGAUGGCUCUUCUCCAGGGCAAGCAUCAGUUUGAAAUGGAGCUUAUGCGUGGUCAGCAUAAUCAAGCGUUGAAGAGUUUACGGGAGGAACUUUCGCAUGAGCUCUUGAGGCUGCAGGAACUAGAACUUCAGAAUGAAAAACAUGCUGCAGAGCAUUCAGAGCUGCAAGAAACGUACAGGAAAGAGGUGGAGACUCUGAAGGAGCUUUAUGAACAUGAGAAAGAAGAGCAUAAAAGGCAACAUGAUCUCCAUUGCCAAGAAAUUAAUGAGCUUCGUAGUCAACUUGCAGAGGAAGCAUUGCUGCAACUUGAGGAACAUGCAAAGAAACUGCAGUUGCUACAAGAGGAAUGCACUAUUAAGGUGAGCGUGCUGCAAGAAGUGCAUAUGAAGGAAAAAGAGGAGCUGCAAACUCUUUAUUUGCAAGAGAAAGCACUUUGGGAAAUGCAGCGUUCUCAAGUGAUGGAAGACCUCAAAGAGAAGCUUUUACAGGAGACUCUGUGGAACAGAGAGUUAGAGCAACUUCACGUAACAACUGCAGAGGAGAUAAAACAGUUACACGAUCAACACAACAAAGAUAAGGAGGCGAUGGAAGAGGUUCAUGUUCAGGAAAAACAAGAGUGGGAGAUUCUGCAAAACAAACAUUCUCAAGAGGUGGAAAUGAUACAAGAGGACAUUUCGGAGAAUUUGCAGCAAAAUCAACAACACUUGAAGAAGAUUGAGUUGCUCCAAAACAAGGUGUUGCUAUUACAAGAGCACCAUAAGAGCGAGAUGGAGGAGCAUCAAGUUGUAGAGAAGCAGGAAUGGGAGAGACAGAGAGACCAAUAUAUCCAAGAAGUGAGGCAGCUGAAAGAGGAGCUUUCACAGGAGCUUAGAAAGCAGACUGAGUUUCACACAACUGAGAUUGAGCAGCUUCAACAGAAACAUUCAAUUGAGAUCCUACAACUACAAGAUCUUUAUACCAAGGAGAAAGAGGAGCUACAGGAAUUGCAGCUACAGAGACAGACAUGGGAGGGACAGCAAGAACAGAGCUCAAGGGAAAUGUUGGAGCUUCAAAAGCAAUAUAAAGAAAUGCAAACUUUUCAAGAUCUGCAUGUUCAAAAGACAAAGGAAUGGGAGAAGCAGAAGGAAGAGCAGUCGGAAUUGAUAAAGCAGCUGCAAGAGGAGAUUGCAAGUAGAACUUUACAGCUGCAACAAGAGCAUUCAAACGCAAUUAAGCAGCUUCAGGAACUACAUAGCAAGGAGAUUAGAGAAGUCCAUGAGCAGCAUGAGCAGCAUGAGCUGGAAAAUGAGGAGUGGGAGAAGGAGAGAGACCAGCAUUCUCAGGAGUUGGAUAUUCUGGUUAAUCAGCAUUCGCAGGAGCUGAAACGUAUUGGUGAGGAGCUUUUACAGGACUCCUUGGAAAAGCAAGAAGAACAUGUAACCUUUAUAGAGCUUCUCAAAGAGGACAACGCAAAGGAAGUAUUGCGUCUACAGGAACAGCAUAGUUCUGAGAUGCAGAAACUGAGGGAUCUUCAUGUACAGGAGAGAGAGCAGUGGGAGAAACAGAUUUAUCUCCAGCAAACACAAGGUAUGGUAGAUGAUCCAAGCGUUGUUGUUCAGACACAAGUGGCUGCUUUGCCUGAAGGGAAUGAAAUAGACUCUCUGACCCACCAGGAGCAGGUGAAGAAUCUGCAAUGUGGUUACAAUGAGUUUCAAAUUCAUUCAACUGAAGAAAUGCAACUCUUCCGGUCUCAGAUUGACAGCUCCCGAGCAAGUCGCCAAGAACUGAAUGAGCUGAAAGAGAAGCUCCAGGCUCGCUCUGCACAGCUGGAAGAGAUAGAGAAGAUGAAGCAGGACUUCCAGCAGGAGCGAUUGCUGCUUAAGGCUGAGCAUGAAAAGGAAAUGGUGGAGCUGAGGAUUUACUUUGAGCAGAUGUCCAGAGCUGCAGAGGAGACCUACAGAGAGGAGCUGAAAAUCUUACAUCAGCAUCUGAGAGAAAUGAGUGAUGAGGAAAUAACUGUUCUAAACAGCUCUGCUUUUGCGUUAGAUGAUUCCUUUGAAAGUGAAAAGAUUGAUCUUCUCCAGCACCUGACCGACCAGCUGGAGCACCACAAAGAAGAGCUUUCCUUUUUACGCCUGCAGUCAGAGGAGAAGGAGAAGCAGGAUUUACACAGCCUGCAUGCCGCUCUCACUGUGCAGUACAAGGAGGAUGUGUUGAACAUGAAAAUGGAUCUGUCUGAUAGGUACACAUCUGAGAUCGAGAACUUAAAGAAGAAGCAUUGUCUGGAGCUGGAACAGCUGCGAGCCAGACUAUCUGAGGAGCACAUCAGAGAGAUAACAAGGAUACAUCUUCGGAACACCCAGAAAACGGUCAGCCAUGAAAACGAAGAGACUGAGAGAGAACAGCCUUUGGGAGAUGAUCACACUCUGGACUUUGAUAUACCACAUGGUGGAGAAGUAAAGAUUUUAGACUGGUCAGGCAGUGGUGACCACGUGUGUUUCAGGCAAUUGGACAAGAGUGUUAAAAUGUGUCAGACAGAUCCACAUCACAACUCUUCAUGUGUGCGUGUGUGUGGAAGGGAGUCUGCAGUGCACGUUGAAGAUGGUAUGGAGCAUCAGAGUGAUGGACGCGUACAGAAUCCGCAUGCUAAGGACCUGGCCACCCUUAGAGAAACAUUGGUCAGCAAGUUGGAGGAAAUUACCAAAAGGCUGGAGUCAGGAAAAGGCCACACUCUGAGGAGAGGGGAGAAUAGGUCUACUGAAUUACUUGUGGAAAAUGCAAACCUACAGAGUAAUCUCUUGGGAGAACAGCUAACGAGAAUAGUCUCUGUAGAGUCAGGGGACAGUAAUCCGUUUCAGGAGCUUAAUCUCGGCUCCUACGUGUCAGAAAGGAAGCGCAGUCAGGAAUCAGAAGUACUGCAUCAAGACAACGAUGAGGAGUUGAGAGGACACUUCUCUGAACUGUAUCACCAUUCUGAGGGAGAUUUUCUCUUCCGUGUAUCUGACUUGCAGAAGUACCAGGAGAAGGAUCUGUACACGCUGUUAUCAGAUUUGCUGCAGAAGUGCCAAGAGGAGCUCCACGUCCGUGACCUGGAGUACGAAGGCCUUGUUCAAAGUCUCGAGGCCUCACACUUGCUAAAGCUGGACACCUUGGAGUCGUCUUACCUUACGGAGAUACAAAAAAUCCGAGAUGAGCAUGCAGUCGCUGUGGAAGAGCUGGAGAUGUGUUUGGCUGACCGCUUGCAAGAGAAGGAUAAUGAAAUCCAGGAUCGGCUGGAAAAAGCAAGGAUGCAGUGGAUACAGCUACAAGAGCAGGAAUUACAGCGCCUUCGUCAGGAUCUUGCCUCUGUCCAUCUGGAGAAGUUCCAGGCCAUGGCAGAGGAGUUACAGGCCGCUCAUAGGGAGGACCUUAAAGAGAAGCUCGAUCAGCAACGUUACCAGCUAGAGGAGGAAAAAUUUCAAGCCUUGGAUGCUAUACAGGAGGAAGUUUUAAGAAUGGAAGCUCAUAACAAGCUUGCACUGGAAGAGCUGCGUGACCUGCAAAAGACAGAAGUUCAUCAACAGACUCAGACACUCCAAUCAGAGCUGAAGAAGAUGACAGAGGACCUGCAGAAACAGGAGCUCACUAUUACAGAGCUCAAUAGUCAGCGACAAGCUCUGUCUACAGAUCUACAGGAGAAAACGGAGCAGCAUCUGCAGUUCCAAGAGGAGAUUGAGCUGUUGAAGUGUCAGUCAGAGAUGUUGCUUGAGCAACAGAUCACUGUGCUAAAGGAUGAGUUUAACACAGAGAAAAAGGCCGCUCUACAGGAGAUUGAAGAGACGUUGACUAGAGACGCAGAGAAAGUUCAGGCUGAACAUCAGCUGGAGAAAGAUCGCUUGAUGGAACAGCUGCGGGAGGCGAACGCGCAAGUACUACAGUUGCAGGAGAAAAUCUGUGUACUAACAAAGGAAAUGGACGCUUCGCAGUCCCAGAUGGAGGUGCUGGUGCAGAGAAGGGAGAGGGAGAACCAGGAAGAGGAGCACUUGGUGGCAUUGCUGCAGUCCGAUGCACAAACUGCUUAUCAGCAACAGAAAAAGUUGCAGGACUCUUGUCAGCGUCUUCUCAAGAUUUUUACGGAUGUGCUUAAGAGUACCCUGGUCACAGAGGAUCUAAUCUGCAAAAAAAUUGGUGUCUGCUUGGACAACAGCUUAUCUCCAACGGAUGAUGAGAAAAGCCUGGAUACUUUACCAAAGUCAUCAGCCGGUGAGAAACAUCGCAUGAGUCCGGACUGUGAGACUAUGACUGAGCACAGUCUGAUGUCUACUGAUGAGGGCUGUGAGCUGUCAGAAUACAUAUGUGACAGUGUGUUGGGAAGCUUGGAAGUGGGUCUGGAGAAUGAGGACAAGAUCGUACGGAUGAGCCAACGUUUGCGUACUGCUGUUGAGAGACUUCUAGACAUGGUUUCUGACUCUGCACUUCAGGUAGAGGAGACUCGUGAAAUGCAGAAAAGUUUUGAGGAGGAGUUUAAAAGCAGGAACCAGGACAUGGCUCAAGUGGUGAUCCAGAAUCAAGACCUGGUAAAACAACUUGCCCAGGAGACUGAGGAAAAGAAUCAUCUGCAAAUGGAACUGUACAAAGCCCAGGGUCUUGUUGAGGGUUACGCUGCUGAAAAAGCUGCUCUAGAAGAAGCAUUGUUGGCAAAGGAGGGCUCUCAGCACCAACUGGUGGUUGAACUGGAAAAAUCCCGUGAGCAGCUGAAAGUCCUGACACAAGAGCCUUCAGUGUUUGGAGAGGAGAAGGAAGUGUUGCUGAGGCUGCAGGAGGUUCUGUCUGGCAGCGUGAGAGACAUUGAAGUUGAGCUGCUGAAGGAAACUGAACGUUUGGUGAAGGAGAAACUGGAGUUACAUUGCCAAGCUAAGAAGGACCGUUCUAAUUUACUUUCUCAGAUGAAGGUUCUGGAAAUGGAACUGGAAGAGCAAAUGGUCCGUAACCAGGAGCUUCUGAGGAAAUCUAAGGACCUCGGUGACCUUCAGCAGCAGAUUCAGUCUCUAGAGAAGCAGCUAAGGCAUCAGCGGCAGUUCAUGGAUGAGCAAGCUGUGGAGCGGGAGCAUGAGAGAGAUGACUUCCAACAAGAGAUUCGGAAUCUGGAGGAGCAACUAAAACAAGCAUCUAAGAACCAUGGAGAUUCCAGAGCCCAUGGGCUCCAUGACUGGAGUGCUCAGAUUGAGACUUUGCAGGCUCGGGUGAAGGAGAAAGCGGACGACUGCAACCUGCUGCUUCAGGGCAGAGAUCACUUAGUGCAGCAGAUUGCAGAAAGAAAUGAAGAACUAGACAAGAUGUUAGUGAGGAUACAAGAGCUGGAACAGGCUGCUCUAUGUAAUGCAGAGGCAGCCAAAAAGUGCAGCCAGCUGGAAGCAGAGCUGCAGAAAAUGCACAAGGCGGAGAAGGAACUACUACAGGACAAAGAGGCUCUGCAGCAUCAGCAGUACAGCAAUGUGCUUCAGAUUUCUGCUCUGCAGUCUAAGCUAGAUGAAGCCCGCCACAGAGUACCUAUGGAGGGAGACACUAACAGCCUGCUAAAGGAAGAACUACAGGCUGAGCGUGAGGCCCUCCAAAGAAAAGAGAAGGAGGCUGAAAGUCUGGCUGAGCAACUUGAACUUUUUAGAGAAGAUUUAAUAAACAAGACUGAUGAGGUCCUCCAGUUGAACAUGCAGCUUGAGAUCCAGCGCAAGCAGAGUGAGCAGGCUGUGCAGCAGGCUCAGGAGAAGUACCUUCUAAUAAAGGAAGAAAUGUCUAAUCUGCGUUGUGAGAGAGUUUAUACCAGCUCCAGCUCCUCAAUGCAGCUCCCUCAGGCAUUAUUACAGGAGAAGAACCAAGAGAUUGACCAUCUGAAUGAACAACUUUUGAGACUGCAGCGAGAGGCAACAAUCUCCCAAUAUGCAGAGGUGGAAGAGUUGAGGUCCUUAGUGGAGCAUCUUCGCAGUGAUCAAGACAGACUACGGAAGGACAAAGAGGAGGAGGUUGAACAGUUACAUGAAGUGAUUCAGAAACUGCAGCAAGAGCUGGAGCAACUGGGUCCUAUAAGACAUGAGAUCAGCGACAGCCAGGAGAGCCUGGAUGAGCUGGGUCUAGGAAAGGUAGAGAACCUACAGAGUGAGCUGAGGAAGGGAGUUAAGCAUUUAGAAGAAGUCAGUUCAGCACAACUUAAGCUGGAUGAAACAGAGUCUUUGUACAGGGCUGAACUAGACUCCAUUCAACAGCAACUGGAAGAAAAUGAGUCUUUACACAUCACAGAGGUUGAGGUCCUGGAAAAAAAUGUUCAAAACCUACAACAGUCCAACAGACAGCAUGAAAAAGCCCUUCAGUCACUGCAAGUGGAACACCUGAGCCUUCAGGAGGAAAGCGAGCUACUCCGGUCCCGCUUGUCACAGCGAGAAGAGGAGAUUGCCAGUCUCUCCUCCCGCCUGCAGGAACUGCAAGAUAUUCUAAGGGAGCGCAAUGCCUCCCUGAUGGAAAAGGAACUACUAGUUCAGACCCUACAGGAACAAAAUGCAGGUGAGAGGUCUGAGUUGGAAAAUCAGCUGACUCAAAGUGCACAGUCUCUGGAAGCUGCCAAGAUAGACCUACAGAAGGUACAAGAACAAAAUAUUUCUCUUCAGUAUAUCAUCUCAAACAAUUCCAAAGAACAAAGUGAAAGAGCUGAAAAGUUCAAAGAGGAGGUACAGGAACUGAAGCAGCGCCUCAGAGUAUGGGAGGAGAAAGCUCAGAUACACACGGAACAGUCGCAGACACAAACUGAUAAUCAAACUAUGGAUUUGGAAUCCGCACCCAAUCUGGUCGCUUUGAAAGAGCAAUUGAGUGUUGCAGAGAACCUAGUAAAGGUGAGAGAUGCCGAGCUUCGUAGUACAGAGAUGCAUCUAGAUAACAUAAAGAGUGAACUAGAGGAAUUGCAAGCUGAGUGUGAGCGACGAGAUGCUCAAUCCCAACAAGUCCUGCAGCAGCUUAAGAAGCGCGAUACUUGUGUGGCAGAGCUGCAGUCUCAUUCACAGAAUCUAGGUACUCAGGUUAAGAAGCUACAGGAGGCUCUAGUGAGCCAAGAAGCCAUGAUCACUCUAGUGUCAGGGGAUUUCCACAGCCAGAAUAUAGAGGAUCAAAGGAAACGCGAGAUCUCCUCUAUACCUUCUGUGAAGCCCAAGAGCUUCUCAGAAAGCCUGACAGACCUGAGUACCUGGGAGUCACCAGAAAUGGUCAGGAAACAAGAGGAGCAGAUACAAAGCCUGAGAGUAUGUACGUCCUUCUCAGAGCUGAGCAUUGACCACAGUGCUGAGCUUGACUUUAUUAGACCAAAGUCUUCUGAUCAUGGUAAACAGCCAGAGGAGCGGGAUCUCCUAGCAUCCAGCACUCCGUCAUUAUCUGGAAGCAAUUUCUCCAUGCAGCACUCCAACAAUACAGCCAUGGCAAGUUUGUUAAGAGAGAGCGGACAGCCUGUGACAGAUUAUGAUUCAUCUGAUGACCAGAGAAGCUCCAGGGAUGAUCAGAUGGAUACCGAACAAUCUGAUGAACUGGAUUGCAAGCCAGAUGGUGAAGCCAAGUCUGAGUUGGAAGAUAUGCAGACCUUAUAUAACAUUAAACAGAAGAUGGAGUCCAUUAGUGGCAGAGGAUUAUCAACACAGCUCCAGAGAAUGCUAAACGUGGUUCAUGAGGAAAGCUGCAAGAUUCUAGAGUUGUCGGAGCGUCCUACAGAAAAGACCCCCAGUGCUGAGUGUUCCGACCUCAUGAUCCAGAGGGAGAGUUGGCAGAAAGAGAAACAGAAUCUGCAAGAAACCAUCCAGGCGCUGAGCUCGGCUUUAGCUCAAUCUGCAGGAAAAGGAGAGAAGGAAAGUGCUGCUAUUGACUGGAGGCGGGAGUUGCUGCAGAGCAUGCAAGCUCUGUUGGCAAGUGAACGGCAGUAUUUGCACUUGGAACUUCAGUCACAUCUCCACCCUGGAUCUGGUGACAGAAUCUCACUGUCUGAGAAAAUGGAGCAUAUGAUCAAGGAGCAGGAAGUGCAGAAACGUCUUGUGCUAGACCAUGUUCUGUCCGUGGAUCGGAACAGUCUGCUGUCUGAAAUUCAGGAUCUGCGUUCCCAGUUGCGAAUGGCACAUUUGCAGAAUCAGGAGAAAUUGCAGCAACUACAAGAUGCCCUCACCAGCACUGAAGAGAGAGGACACACAAAGGAGCACCAGCUCCGCAGGCAGGUGGAAUUGUUAGAGUACAAACUACAACAGGAAGCUUCCAUUGGUGAGGAUUUAAAGCAAUCUCUGUCCCGUGAAAAGGAGCGAGCAUCGGAGCAGUACCGACUUCUGCUUCAGGAACAGGCAGCCGUUUCACAACUCCGCUCUGAGCAAGAGGAAAAGGAGCUGGAGCUGGAGAAGCUCAGGAAGUCACAGAAGGAGCUUCAGAUAGAGAAAUCCAAGCUGAGAGAUGAACUGAAGAGCAAAGAGCAGGCACUAGCUGCCUAUAAGCAGACAAAACAUGCUCAACACAAGCUGGAAAGCCAGAGGUUCGAACAGGAGAAGGAUCUUGCUCAGCAGACUCUUGCACUCAAGGAGAAAGCGUUACAGGAAGCCUCACUGUCAUUGGAGGAGCAACGAAUACUGAACACCAAGAUCGCUGCAGCUCUGUCACAAGAGCAAAUUUGCAAUAGUAAUCUCCGGAAAGAGCUUGAAAUAGAGCAGUCUCGCUGUAAGGCCCUUCUUGCCCAGGAACAGAGCAAGUUGCUGGAGGUAGAGAAGGAGUUGCACAAGGAAAGACAGCACUUUAGAAGCCUUGAAUGUCAAAUGCAGGAGCAGCUUAGACAGCAGCAUGCUCAUAUGUUGUCUAAGAAAGAAGAGGAGCGGCAACAGGAGCAGAACUUGAUGCAGACGUUACAAAGUCAGCUGGAAGAGGAGAGGAGGCGUGCUAGGGACCUUGCUGGAAUGAUCGAGAAGAUCCAAAACCAAGCCGUCCAUGCUAAAAGAGAGCUGGAGUCUGAAGUACAAGCCUGUCGAGAGGAAACACAAAAAGAACGGGAGGCUGCAACCAAGUUGCGCGCUCUCUUGGACUCAUUACAGAGUCAGAAGCAGCAGCUGGAAAGUGUAUUGGAGCAGCAGAGCGAGCGUGAAAUUCGACUGCAAAAGGAGCGAGAUCAGUACCAAGCUCAGAUUUUAACGCUUCAGGAUGAAGAAAGAGUUAUGGCAAAAGAAUUCCAAAAAGAGUCAAAAAGACCAAAGCAUGCAGAAUUAAACCGAACACGCGAGAGAGAGCAGGAUCAGCGGAUAAUGGACUUGCAGUUACAGCAUGAGCGAGAUGCACGUCGUAUCCAGGAACUUCAGCACAUGCUGGCAGACCUUGAAGAACAGGAACGUGCUUUGGCCUCUCGAAAGAACCGUCCAUGGAGCGACGCAAGUAGCCCCUCUAAAAACGUUCACUUGUUGACCGCUCGCUUGCAAAAAGUAUGGCAGCAGUUGCUUCACAUUGUGCUUCAAGUGAAGAAAUGGGUGCAGAACAAGAGUGAUGGGGUGCACACAGACCUCCUGAAUGAGGCUGAAGUGACGGCAUUAUUGGACACUCUGGCAGAGCUUAAGGCUGAAAUUCAGAGAGGAUUUGUGCAGCCGCCAUCACAGUCGCCGUCCAGUGUGAUCGAUGUGCUGAAACGAGAGAAUGAGGAGCUCACAAACUCUGUGUCACAGUUAACGAAAGAGAAGCUUGACCUGAAGAAUCAACUAACCAAACUCAACAGGAGCCUACAGAAUACUCCUCAGAAGGAGACGAAGGAGCAGCUGCGCUCCGACGUUACACAUUCGGUACUGGAAGCUGAGCGGGCGGUGUGGCACCGUGAGAAGCGCCUCUUACAGCUAGCUCUGAAACAUGCAGAAUCAGAGUUGGGCAAGGCAACACUGGAAAACAGGCCUCUGUCAGAUGUACCAAACUCCAAGAUGCAGCGUCUAUACAGGAGAUACCUCCGAGCCGAGAGCUUCCGCAAAGCCUUAGUGUACCAAAAGAAAUAUCUCCUACUCUUACUGGGAGGCUUCCAGGCUUGUGAAAAAGCCACAUUGUCUCUGAUUGCACGCAUGGGUGUGUACCCAUCUCCUGCUGACUUACAGAUUCCUACUAAGGGACAGUCCGGCCUCACCAGGUUUCGCUCGGCCGUCAGAGCUGUGAUCGCCAUCUCCAGGUUAAAAUUCUUGGUAAGGAAAUGGCAUAAAGUUACCCGGAAGGGCGGUGGUGAGGAGCCAGCGACACAACAAGUGCCAGUGGGCAGGACGGAUGUUUUACAGCAGCUGGGCAGUACAAUGCUAAACUCUCCUCCCACCCGAGAUGUGCACUUUGGUCUCCACCAAAGCCAUAGCCCUAACACUUCUAUCAGUACCUCAUCUCAGAAGACAUCACAUUUGACUUCAAAAUGGCACAGUCAUUCUACAGUCCUAACUUCAGAGACAUCUCAGUCUACUUCCAGAGAUCCUGAACAUUCAAUUACAGAUUAUAUCCACUAUCUAGAGAUGGUUCAGAGGAGACUGGGGGGACUGCCAAAUGGAUCUUCACCAGAAUUUUCUCAUGUUAAAUUUGCCCGGAAGUGAUCGCAUCAAAUUUUCUAUGCUUGGCUUUUUUAUAUGCAAAUACAAAUUUUGUAAUUUGUUUUUCUAUUUUUCAAUACAUCUAUUUAUACACAAGAUUUUGUUUUUUAGCACUUGUAUAAAAUAUGUAUUUUAAUAAUGUGGGUAACGUUUGGGGCAGAAGGCACAGUCACACUUUCCUGCAUUCAGGGACACAAUGAUUUGGGAGAUCACUGGUUGGUCCGUGCUUUUUAUGUACUUUUUUCUUUUUUUGUUUACAAAAAAUGUUCAUUCACAUGUAUAUUAAGUGUUUUAACUUGAGAGUACAAACAAACUUUUGAUUUGUAUAUGUUAACGUUUUUGUAUCGGAAUAUAGUCCCCUACUUGUAAUUGUUUCCUCAGUCUUCCAGUUUCCAUUACUUUAAGUUAUGGAUCAACCUACAAGAGGCAAUUUGUAAUAAAGAUGCUGAUUCAGCCAUUUUUCAA